AUGCUGGGGCGCAUGGGCACGCCGGCGGUGGUCAAGAAGCUGAGGGUGGCGAGAACGCUGGAGCUAGCGAAAUUGGCCAUAUCGGUAGCAACGACCGACCACAGGCGCGAAAUGGUGGCCAUUCAGUUCCUACGCGACGUGGAACAACGCAGCAUGACUUGUGGAAGAGACUUGUGGAAGAGGCGGCCUGAUGAGAUACCCAACUCGGAGCAAGAGUCGGACAAUGCCAGCGCUGACGCGACUCGACCCAACAAAGUCAGUACUCUGCAGAGAGUCAGGUUAGCUGCACGAGCGGCUACAACGGCACUCGCGAACAGAAAUUGGAAAGCGAUGGGUGGCGAUGCGACAACUCAAUCUGAAAGGCGCAAGACAGUCCAUCCAGUCAACCGGGAUGCAAGACGCGAUAGCCAUGCGCUCGAAACUGCAGUUUAA